AGAAACUCGUAAUAAUUUCUGACAUUACCUCAUUUUAAAAUAAAGCAUUGCAGGGUGAACUUCAAACUAGUGGAGUUCCCUAAUUUGUCGGCCAUUGACUGUUUGCUGGCGAGCAGCCUUUUACAGAAACUCUCCCGCGUGUAUAGCACACGUUGAAAACGGCCUUUAAUCCCAUACAUAACAUUGAUAAAAAUCCAAAAAAAUGUCAGCGUUUAAAUUGUCUGGAAUUGUUGGUCGACGAAUUAAGUUAUGGUCUCGAAAUGUAUCGAGAAAAAAUUCCAUACGAAAAAGAAAUACAAUCGAGCAAAGUAAUGGGUACUCUUGGAAAAAACGAACACAAGAUGUUCGGAUACUCAAGUCUGAGGGAAGAAAAUUUGGAGAAGUCAUUUGUGGACAUGGACAGUUUGUUCGACGUCAAUUUUUCAUUUGAUUAUUAUAACGAAGAUUCUGUAUCAAGGAAACAAUGGAGUGAAGCAACGUUCUUAACUUUGGCCCAAGCGAUGCAAGAUGGCGUAAGUGAAAGCUUCACUGCACAAGAGGUUUUGGAAGAGACAAUUUUCUCACCUUCUAUCUCAAAUGAUAAGAACUUCUUUCAUGGAAUAGAAGAUUGUGGUAAUUUCUCUCCAGAGGCUUUCAUAAACAUUCAUCAAAUGCAUCUUGACACAAGUAUACUUAACACACAUACUACCACUGAUACUAUAAUACCACCUGACACUACAUUAGAUAGUACAUUAUCUCCUGAUACUAUUGCUGAUACUACAAUACCACCUGACACUACCAUUGAUACUACAAUAUCUCCUGAUACUACCAUUGAUGCUACAUUAUCUCCAGAUGGACAUAAUAUUCUCAUCAACUUCAAUAAUGCACAGGAAUAUCUAAGUUUACCACUCCAAGAUAACCUAAACAUUGCCAAUGCUAUCAUUGAUGAAGAUACCACAGCAGUUGUCCCUAAUGUAAUCCCUGAAUCACCCGCACCUAUCCCCAACAGUCCUGUUGAUUCUACUGAUAUUGGGGAUUAUUCAAAUACAUUUGAAUUUGAAUCUACUUCUGCCAUCAUCAAAUUCCUUGAAACAUCUUCAGAAACAAAAUACCAGAGUAAGAAAAGGCAAGUGUUAGAUAAUGUUGACACAUUACCGCCAAAGAAACAAAAGCUUCUUCAUAAAGUUUGUGCCAAUGAAGUGGAAGACAAGGUCGUGAAACGACGAGUGAAAAACAAUGCUGCAUCCCGGAGAUGUCGGGCAUCUAGAAAAUCUUGUCAUGAAGCACUUUUCAAGAAGGAAAAAGAGCUUAUCAGUCAAAAUAUGGAGCUAAAAACACAAGUGGAAACACUCUCUGCUGCUGUUGAUUUUCUACGUCAGCAUCUUGUCAGCAAACUGAGUGGAAAAUCCUGCUAAUUACCCAUCAUUAUUAUUCAUAAUUGCACAAAAUCAUAAUGUAUAUAUCAAUUCAAUUCAUUUGUGUGUUUAUUUAUGUUCAUAAGAUUAAUCAAUCCAAUAAAGGAAAAAAAAUACUUAUAAUUCUUUACAUGGUGCAUUGUAUUCUUUCAACUGCCCGUUUGCUAAAAAAUGUGGUGGAAAAUUGAACAAGCCUUACAAUGAUACCCUUUAAAACAUAUAAAAAGAAAUAUACAUUCUUUCUUCAGUUUAAAA